UGAAUUUAACUCAAUGGUUUCAGUGCGGGAAUACUAUAUAAAGUUUAGUGAAAGUGGAAACGUAGAAACAUGGAUAAAAUGAAGAUGUUUAGCUACAGGAGUGCUUGGCACUAAGGGUGCCAUGAAGGAAAAAAGUAAAAAUGCAGCUAGGAGUAGAAGAGAAAAGGAAAAUGCCGAAUUUUUGGAGCUAGCAAAAUUAUUGCCACUUCCAGCUGCGAUCACAUCACAACUUGAUAAAGCAUCAGUUAUUCGGUUGACUACUUCGUACCUUAAAAUGAGACAAGUCUUUCCUGACGGUUUGGGAGAUGCCUGGGGAGCCACGCCAGUUAUUCCAAACCCCAGGGAGGCACCGAUCAAAGAACUAGGAUCGUAUCUGUUGCAGACCUUAGAUGGUUUUAUUUUUGUAGUAGCUCACGACGGGAAAAUCAUGUACAUAUCAGAAACAGCCUCUGUUCAUUUAGGAUUAUCACAGGUAGAACUGACGGGGAACAGUAUUUACGAAUACAUCCACCCCGCAGACCACGACGAGAUGACAGCUGUACUUACACCCACGCUUUACCCUCCAGGGAUCGCCCCCCUACAAGAACACGAAAGUGAGCGAGCUUUUUUCCUGAGGAUGAAGUGUGUCUUAGCCAAACGAAACGCAGGGUUGACGAAUAGUGGUUAUAAAGUUAUCCAUUGUUCAGGCUAUCUAAAGGUGAAACCUUUGACGGCAGGUUCAGGUCCAUAUGACACCAGCUAUUGCCAAAUCAUGGGACUCGUUGCAGUAGGCCAUUCCUUACCUCCCAGCUCCAUCACAGAAAUCAAAUUACACACUAACAUGUUUAUGUUUAGGGCUAGUUUAGAUUUAAAGCUGAUCUUUCUAGAUGCAAGAGUGGGUCAGUUGACUGGAUAUGAACCUCAAGAUCUUAUAGAAAAAACCCUGUACCAUUACGUCCACGGCAGCGAUAUCUUAGCGCUUAGGCUCUCACACCAUCAAUUGCUUUGUAAGGGUCAAGUAACCACAAAAUAUUACCGGUUUCUUUGCAAAGGAGGUGGAUGGGUUUGGAUGCAAAGUUACGCGACGAUAGUACAUAAUUCCAGAUCUUCCAGACCACACUGUAUUGUCUCCGUUAAUUACGUUUUAAGUGAUUUUGAAGCCAAAGAUCUAACCCUAAACCUUGCGCAAGGUACACCGAGAGAGGAUAUUCCCGCCUCUCCACGAAGCCCGAUACACCCCCCUACCAGGAGCAUUUCAUCACAACCUAAAUACACUCCUACACAUCGCAUUCCUGCCAACAUUAUUCCUUCACACCCACCUUCCAUACCUGACGACGAAUUCAGCGAUUCCAAUGGUGCGAUUACGUAUCCUUCGCUCGAAUACUCAUCAGGUUUUAUCCAUUACCACACAGAAGAUCCAUAUUAUCAACACCAAGAUAUGUUUUACCCUUAUUCCGACCCGGAGAUCAGCCAACACAUGUUAGGAACACCACAACAGCGGCCUUUUAGUGCCUCCAGUUCGUCUUGCAGUUCCUCCGAAAGCGAACUUCAUUUACAGAACUUGAACAGCAAUAAUUUUUGCCCGGAAGCCCAUAGUUUUAGCAUCAACUGUUUCAAUAACAAUCCAGCGAGCCAAGCGGCGCAAAACUGGCAGGGGCACGAGUUCAAGCCUUUGAUUGGCCAGGGGCACGGUGCAGGAUACACCAGUGUGAUUGUGGAUGCUCAGCAGUAUCAGUUAGCGAACGAGUACGUUCAUUAG